AUGAUGUUGACCUUAUUGAUUUCUGGUCCUAAACAGCCUGGAAAUGAUAUAGACAUCUACUUAGAGCCUUUGAUUGAUGAUUUAAAAUCUCUGUGGGAUGGGAUUAGAGGAGUGUAUGAUGCACAUAUAGGAGAAUACUUUACACUCAGAGGUGUAUUACUGUGGACAAUUAAUGAUUUUCCUGCCUAUGACAACUUAUCUGGUUGUGUCGUUAAAGGAUAUAAAGCUUGUCCAAUAUGCGGCGAUGAUACACCUAGUCACAGGAUGAAAAAUGACCACAAAAUUUGUUACAUUGGGCAUAGAAAAUGGUUACCAAUCAAUCAUCCAUAUCGAAGGCAGCGUGCAGCUUUUAAUGGGAAACAUGAAUAUGGCACGCCUCCCAAGCCAUUAACCGGAGAAGAAGUGUUGCACAUGAAAUCAAAAUCCUUUGAUCUCGAGUAUUGGAAAUACCUUCAUGUGAGGCAUGUCCUAGAUGUGAUGCAUAUUGAGAAGAAUGUUUGCGAUAGUAUCAUUGGUACAUUGCUGGAGAUCCCUGGAAAAAAUAAAGAUGGGAUUGCUGCUCGGUUAGAUUUAUUGAACAUGGGGGUCAAAACUGAUUUGCAACCCGAGUAUGGACAAAGACAUACUCACUUGCCUCCAGGGCCUUGGAAUUUGUCAAGAGCAGAGAAGAGAGCGGUUUGCAAUUCUUUCUAUGGUAUGAAGGUCCCUGAAGGUUAUUGUUCAAAUAUAAAAAAUCUUGUAUCUUUAAAAGAUUCAAGACUUCUUGGACUUAAAUCUCAUGAUUGUCAUACCUUGAUGCAACAAUUGCUUCCUGUGGCAAUUCAUUCUGUUUUGGAGAAGCCUGCAAGGUAUGCAAUAACUCGAUUGUGCUUCUUCUUCAAUUCUAUAUGUGCAAAGACGGUAGAUGUUUCCAAGCUAGAUAAGUUGGAUGAACAUGUAGUAGUUACUUUGUGUUUGCUUGAAAAGUACUUUCCCCCUUCAUUCUUUGAUAUCAUGGUUCAUCUAGUAGUACAUCUUGUCAGAGAAGUUCGUCUAUGUUGCAUUGCUGAGCGGUAUAUAGCUGAAGAAGCUGUAGAGUUUUGCACUGAGCAUUUAUCUGAUGUUAGUAUAGUUGGAGUGCCUUCAAGCCAGAAGAUGGGAGUUUCGAAGCCAUUAUCAGGUUGCACAGUAAGCUUAGUUGAUCGGGACUUGUUGAACCCAGCACAUCUAUAUGUCUUGGAGAAUACGGAGGAAGUCCGACCUUAUAUCGAGGAACAUAUGAUCCACAUCAAGACCACUUAUCCAAAAUUUAGAAAGAUAACAAAGUGGUUGCAAGAUAAGCACAAUAGCACUUUCAUUCAAUGGCUCCACUUUAAGGUUCAAAGUGAAGUUAAUGGGGAAGAGCAUAAUAGCGUAUCAGAAAAUUUAAGGUGGCUAGCAGCUGGUCCAAGCAUGGCAGUGCCAUCAUAUAGGAGCUAUCUUAUUAAUGGUGUUAAAUUUAACACCAAGGCACAAGAUGAUGUGCGAACUAUCCAAAAUAGUGGAGUUUAUUUACUUGCACAUACUAUGCAAGUUGCUAGUGCCAAGGAUAAAAACCCUAUUGUCUCCAAUAUGGGUUUUUAUGGUGUUAUUCAAGAAAUUUGGGACCUUGGCUUCUAA